CUUUCCCCUUGCUGCAGAUUCAUUAAGUCGCUGGAUCGCCGACUCGGCUGUUUGGACGACCAUCAGCCUUUCUGCUAGCGCUUCGAUCAUCGCGCCUGCUCGAGAGGGGAGCCCGACUCGCGAAGGAGGCAAGGACGGCAAUUGAGCACCCCCUCAUGGAUCGUCGCUGGCUACUCCCGCUCUCCAUAUUGGGCUCUGUAGCAGCUCAGAAUGGCACGAAUACCACAGAUGGCUUCCCCAGCGAUCCUAUCUUGGCAUUGCGCCCAAGCCUCGCCCACUCGCUGCCCGUGCAGCUGCUGCUCACUGGCAUCGUGCUCACGCUCAUGUCGGUGCUCCUACUGCAGCUUCUCUUCACCGCGCAAUACCAUUGCCGCCUCGCGCUGGUCAACUUCUCGCUGCAGAUAUCCGCUGUCGUCACCCUGCUCGUGACCUGCGUAUCCACAGUCUACGUCGUGAUGUCGACCGUCGACGGGCAGAGUCAGACGUGGCCGUACAUGCUGAACUACGUUGCGGUCAACAUCCCGCCAGAGGCUUCUGAGGGGUGGUCGCUUGCGGGACGUGCUGCGUGGCUGCUCAUGCAGGCGACGACGGGUAUGCUCAUCCAGUGCACGCAUAUCCAAUUUCUUACUCUGCUGUUCCCAUCGAAGCUGGAGCGGCGGCUAAUCUUUCUCCUGCUUGGUCCCCUCGCGCUCACGUCGGCCGCGAUGCAGCUUAUCCGGAUCCAGACGGAUUGGACCGUGCAGCGUAUUGCCCAGGCAGUGCAGAGCGUAUGCAACGCCACUCUCUCUCUCCUGUUCACGGUGUCGUUGUUCCUGUGGGGCCUGCUCGUGAACCGCAAGAACGCCUGGCGAAUGGAUGGCGGCACGGCGGCGUUUGGGGCCGGCGCACUCAUGCUCGCACCGAUGUCCACAGCCAUCGCACUCAUCUACAUCCCACCCAGGGACCAUUUCUCGUGGAUGAAGCCGCUCAUGUGGUCGAUCAUCCUCUGGCAGAGCUUCCUGGGCUGGUGGUGGUGGGUCGGCGCAGGCAUGGGCGUAGGUGAGCUGGACGAGCUGCUUAGCCGCGAGGAGAAGCGGCAGAACAAGCGCAAGCGGCGCUCGGCGCGGCGCAAGGAGCAGCGCGAAAAGGCGGAGACGCUGAUCAAGGGCGUCGCGGACGCGCUAAGCUUCAAACGACACCGCGCGAACGAGGAGGGCCCUGACGCCGCGCACUCUCCGUCCAGCCCCCGUCCGCCGAGUGUGAUGACCGGGCGGUUCCGGCGGGUCGUCAACCACUCGUACAAUCUCUUCCUCCUCCUGCGGCACGAGCACUUGACGGCCGAGCGUGAGCAGGCGGCGGAGUGGGGCGAGCGGAUCAACCAGGUGUACGGUCGCGAGGGCAGCGGCGGGCUCGGCACGCGGGGCUGGGGGCUGGGAGAGUACGGCGUGCGGCGGAUGGUCUCUGGGAACGGCCCUGCUUCGUUCGAUCACACGGUCUCGGACCCGGAGGCAGAAGGCGAAGAUGGGGACGUCGAUAAGGCGGAGAAGGGCGUGGACACGGACGCCGUGGGCCGAGACGAGGAUGACGUUCACAGGGUGCGGCGGAGAAACGUCCGGCAGGGCGGUGGGGACGACGGUGACGCCCACGCGCAUCCGUCCGACGACGCGCGGCAGCGCACAUCGAUGUGGUGGUGGGGCCCGCUACGGCGGUGGCGGUUGCAGGACACCACUGAGUACUCAUGACGGUGCGAUUGUCUCUUUGCCUUUGUGUUACUUAUUCCUUUCGAGCGGACUGUGUGUUUACUUGGUCCGGGACGGCUCGCUGCGAUUUGUCCGGCGAAGUGGGCGUCACCGUGGAUGUACAGUACGAUCUUGAGUUUCUCUCGGGAGCUCUUCAAUGUGUACGAAUAUACUCAUACUCAUCUGGC